ACAUCAGCGAAAAAAAUGAAAAUUGCUGAUAUCAUUUUUGACUUCAGGCCAUGUCAGAUACAUUUUAGAAGAAAAAAAUGGUGGCAAAAAAACUUUAAAUACCCUGGAUUUACAACUGACGACACAUUUCCUUACAUCUUCUUCUCACCUUUACACGGUUUGGAAGAAUACAAGAAAAUGAGUAAAUUAUCGAUCGCCGUAUUUCUGGCAAUUAUCGGCGUAUCCCUUGCUGCCGGUGGUUGUCGGAAUCCAGAUAUCAAGUAUGGGUAUUGCGAACCUGAUAUGGUUGGUUACGUACCAAGGAGUUUCAUCCCAUAUGGAACAGUUGUAAAAUGCCACUGUGAUCCCGGUUAUGAUUGGACUGCCGAAUCAAAUUCAUACGAGUGUAAUUAUUACGGAUGGGACCCACGCAAAUUUGGAAAUUGCGUAGAACGAACCAAAUGCUAUCCACCACCACAACCUUCAAAGGGUUCAUACUCACCUGUUCAAAAAUAUUACUUCUACAAACAGAGCAUUACCUAUGAAUGCAAAUACGGUUAUUAUUUGAGCAACCCCAAAUACACUGUUCGUACAUGUACCGCAAGUGGCGAUUGGGACCUUCCGGCCCCAGAAUGUCUUCCACGUGUCAAGUAUUGUCCUAAUCCACCUAAAAUCAGCUAUGGUUCUUUUGGAUUGGCCAGACCAAAAUAUAAGUUUCCAGACAAAAUAAUAUACUCAUGCAACGUUGGAUUUUACAUGGUUGGCAAAGCAAAAUACCAAUGCAUGAAAAGUGGAAGUUGGCAUCCCACUCCUCCUCCAAAAUGCCUUCCACUGUGCAAGCAACCAUCUAAACCAACCAAAGGCGAGUUUGAACCCAUUCAGGAUUACUAUACCGUUGGUGCAAUAACAACUUUCACAUGUGAAAAAUACUACGAACUUAAGGGAAAAGAGGUACUCACCUGUCAGAAAGGUGGAAAAUGGAACUAUCCUUCACCUACAUGUCAAAUAACAUGUCCUCGCAGGGAAGCACCAGAAAACGGUAAAGUGACUCCAUCCCGAAAACGAUACUCCGUACAUGAAGUGAUCGAGUUCAGCUGCAGAGACGGGUAUAGUCUCAGUGGUAACUCAAAAGACAAGUGCAAAUCAAAUGGGAAAUGGGCGGUCAACAAACCGGUAUAUUGCUUAAAACAAUGCAAAGUGGAAGAUUUGGCGCCAUACGUCACCUAUAGCCCUGAAGCUGAUUACUACGAUCAAGGAAAAGUAAUAUACUUCAAGUGCGAUAGAGAACACUACCACCUUGUCGGAGAGAAAAAAUCUAGAUGUUCGAAAGGCGGAAAUUGGGAUACAGAGUUUCCCAUUUGCGUUCGAAAGUGCUAUACACCUGAGAUCGAAAAUGGUGGAGUUGAAGAUGAAAAAGAUUUCUACUUGGCAAGAGAAUAUAUUGAAUAUUUCUGCAUUGAUGGCUAUGUUCUGGAUGGAGAUGAUGAAGGUCAAUGCAAGGCCAAUGGGCAAUGGAGCCACGUCCCAACUUGCAAAGCAUUAGAGAAAAAAUGUCGUGGACACAAAUUAGUUGGUGGAGGAGUCAAGCCAUCUUAUGACUGGUACAAUGCCGGAAGCUACGUAAUUUAUUAUUGCUCUGCGGGAUACAAAUUAACAGGAAAAUACUUCAAGAACCGAUGCAAUAAAGAUGGAACUUGGCAAUAUCCUAUUCCCACAUGCGAAAAAAUAAUUCAUGAAGAUUCCUGCUAUAAACGUUGUGGAGAAAAGGGCGACUACUUUGGAUACGGAUGUCAAUGUCAUUAUAGGUGUAAGAAAAUGUACAACUGUUGCCCUGACUAUCAUAAACAAUGUGUCGCUAACAAACGUUAUGGCCAUUUGUAUUAACUGCAACAGACGCCAAUAGAGAUGAGCACUCAUCAUAAGACACACUGGAAUUUUGGAAUCAACGUUACGAUAAAUUGUCAUUUAAUAAUUAUAUUGAACGUUAUAUUAAUAAAACUUCAGCAAUAUACAGUGUCAUAUUAAAAU